UAGAGUGUGAACACAGUGUGUCGCUCCUCCCUUCCACUGCUGCUUCCCGCGUGCUUACAUUCAAGACACAUUUGUAGUAGCCUACGACGCGCGCAGCUGUUCCACCCGCGAACACAAGUCCUCUCGCUGGAACGCUGCUCUACCAAGCACGGACGGAGGUCCCACCUGUGCCCCAUACGAGACACGACGAAAGGAAACCCAAUGUUACCGUCCAGGGAGGAAUGCGGAUUAAGCUACAGGCGCGAGUGAAUGUGAUUUCCCCUCAACAACAUGACAUCGGAGAUAAACUUUACUACUGCGCUUCCCACCGUGUCUGAAAUCAACAACCAUUCAAGUGGAUGUUCUCUAACGAAGACUGGGUUUCAAUUUUAUUAUUUACCCACUGUUUACAUAUUGGUUUUCAUCGCAGGCUUGAUUGGAAAUAGCUUGGCGAUAUGGAUGUUUUUGUGCCACAUGAGACCAUGGAGCAGUAUCUCGGUGUACAUGUUCAAUUUGGCGCUGGCCGAUUUCUGUUACGUGCUCUCCCUUCCCUUCCUUAUAUUCUACUAUUUCAAUAAGACUAAUUGGAUUUUUGGCGACGUGAUGUGCCGGCUGCAGCGCUAUAUAUUUCACGUCAACCUUUACGGGAGCAUUUUGUUUUUAACCUGCAUCAGCGUGCACAGGUACACGGGAGUGGUGCACCCCCUGAAAUCUUUGGGGAGGCUGAAGAAGAAGAACGCCAUACGCACGAGUGCACUCAUCUGGUUCAUCGUUACCGUGGGGAUAUCGCCUAUCCUGUACUACUCGCGCACCGGUCCGAAGAGGAACUUAACCACAUGUUAUGACACGACCACCGAGGACGAGCUGCACGGCUACUUCAUCUACAGCAUGUGCAUGACCGUGUUCGGCUUCUGCAUCCCUUUCAUCAUCAUAUUCGGCUGCUAUGGAUUAAUAGUGAAGGCGCUCAUAUGCAAUGACAUGAACAAUGCGCCGCUGAGGAGGAAGUCCAUCCACCUGGUCAUCAUCGUCUUGGCGGUGUUCGCCGUCUCCUAUAUGCCCUUUCAUGUCAUGAAGAAUUUGAACAUGAGGGCCAGACUCUACUUUCAGAGCCCGGAGAUGUGUGAUUUUAACAACAAGGUGUACGCCACUUAUCAGGUGACGAGGGGCCUGGCCAGCCUAAACAGCUGCGUGGACCCCAUCCUCUACUUCUUGGCCGGGGACACGUUCCGGAGGAAGCUCUCCAGGGCAACCAAGAAGACUUCCCGAAAGGGGGAGACGGUGGUGCAGUCCAAAAGCGAAGAGACUGCACUCAACAGCUUACCAGAGUAUACAGAGAAUGGAGACCAGCAUCUCUGACUGUCUGCUGCAUCCUGAACUGCACUGAAUAUUGUACAGAGUAAAUAGUCUGACUAGACUUGUUGUAUGUGUGUCAAGUUGUCCAUCUACAUGCUGAUGGGAUAGCAUGAUUUCCUCUCCAUGGUCAACAUUUACAUGUAUGUGACUGUGGCCGAGUCAUAGUACUGUAUUGGAUAUGUCAGUAUUAAUGAGAUUGUUCUUUUUUUUUAAACGAAAUGAAAGGUGAACUUCUUUGUCCAUGCUGAAAGUAUGUAGGCUAAACAGAAGACCAUUCUACUUUAUUAUUAUGCUACUGAAAUCAUCAUGUUAUAACUCCAGGACAUGUCAUGAAUAUAAAAAAGUAAUGUGUCAUUUAUGAUGUUUACCUAAGUACAAUGUUUGUGAAUGCCAUUUUAAGCACUAACUCACAGUUCUGUACCCAAGAUGCGUGAGUGUCUCUAGGAACUGCAAAGCACUAUUUUAAUAUCUCUGAUUGUCCGCACAUAAUGUUAAGAGGUCAGUAAAACUUGUAUUUAAUUCCUGCAUUAGAUCUUUUAACAAACAACGUGGACUUUUCGUAAUCCUAUAAACCUUGAAGUGUAACUGUCUUGUCGUACACACAUCAGAUAGUGUUUUGUGUAGUAUGAAAACAAAAAACUGAUAAAAGUGUCAUCACAUGCAUUGUA